CUGUUUGGUCUCCAUCCGCCAGACACCGGAUCACGUGAUCAGACUGCCUGAUAUUGGAAGGUGGCGGCUGUCUACUUAACUCUUUUCCACACAAAACUGCAUUAAGAUAGAAGGACUUUUAACUGUGUUCUCAUAUUGUUUCAAUUUAGAUUUGUAUUUUUAUUUUUUUACAAAAAAGGAACGCUAGUUUUGCAGGAACAUGAAACUUAUUAUUCUCGAUGACUACGAGGCGGCCAGCGAGUGGGCUGCAAAAUACAUCAGGAACAAGAUUUUGCUUUUUAAAGCUGGGCCGGACAGAUAUUUCACUCUCGGACUUCCUACUGGAAGCACCCCACUGGGCUGCUACAAGAAACUUAUAGAGUACUACAAGAAGGGAGAAAUCUCUUUCCAGUAUGUCAAGACGUUCAACAUGGAUGAAUAUGUGGGACUUCCCAGAGAUCACCCUGAGAGCUACCAUUCCUUCAUGUGGAAUAACUUCUUCAAGCACAUCGACAUAAGAGCGGAGAACACUCACAUCCUUGAUGGCAACGCUCCAGACCUGAAAGCAGAGUGUGACGCCUUUGAAAAGAAAAUAACAGCAGCUGGGGGCAUCGAGCUGUUUGUCGGCGGCAUCGGACCGGAUGGCCACAUCGCCUUCAACGAGCCCGGGUCCAGUCUGGUUUCUAGAACCAGGGUGAAGACGUUGGCAAAGGACACCAUCAUGGCUAAUGCUAGGUUCUUCGACGAUGACCUCUUAAAGGUGCCCACCAUGGCGCUGACUGUCGGAGUGGGCACCGUCAUGGACGCAAAAGAGGUCAUGAUCCUCAUCACAGGGGCCCACAAGGCAUUUGCCCUUUACAAAGCCAUCGAAGAAGGCGUAAACCACAUGUGGACUGUAUCUGCCUUCCAGCAGCACCCACAGACUGUUUUUGUAUGUGACGAAGAUGCCACCUUGGAACUGCGGGUUAAAACAGUGAAAUACUUCAAAGGGAUGAUGCAUGUGCACAACAAGCUGGUAGAGUUACCUUCUUCAGAGCCCAAGAAGUAAUGCAGUUUGGAGGGGUGAUUAGUGAACAUUUAAAAAAAAAAGAAGCAUUCCAAUGAUUUGUUUGUUUUGGCAGUAAACUGUGAUUUGUUA